CAGGCUCAUCGGUUUCUAUUUUUUUCAUAUCCGGUUUGGUCUCAUUCUCUGCUGUUCAACACGUUUGUGUGAAUUGUGGCUACCUCUGGAACAGCGCUGGUCAAUUUCUUCAGGAAGUUGAUUAUCUCGACCAGAGUUGUAGUUUUUUGAUUAACCAUGAGUGCGUUUAAUAAGGACCCGGAAAAGCCGUCUGCUGAGACUACCCAGGUGCACAGGAUCCGUAUCACACUCACUUCCAAGAACAUGAAAAGUUUGGAAAAAGUGUGUGCUGACCUGAUCAGUUCAGCCAGGAAGCAGAACCUGCGGGUGAAGGGACCAGUACGCAUGCCUACUAAGAUAUUGCGGAUCACAACCCGUAAGACCCCCUGUGGAGAGGGUUCCAAAACCUGGGAUCGCUUCCAGAUGAGAGUUCACAAGCGGGUGAUCGAUCUACACAGCCCCUCGGAGAUUGUGAAGCAGAUUACUUCCAUCAAUAUCGAGCCUGGUGUCGAGGUUGAGGUUACCAUCGCCGACACGUGAUUUACACAAACUGACAAAUAAUAAACUAAAGGUUUUUUAAUAUUUGAA